UCUGGAUAACGUGUCCCAAUCCUCCAAUAGCUAUCAAGUAAGCUCUAUUGCUUCCUUCCCCUCCCUGGAAUUAACAUCCGAGGGAAGAAAAAUGGCAGUGUCGGCGGAUCAUUGCCUGAUUUCGCUCUCUGCCGCCAGCCAAUGGCGCAGUGCGGCAGGAGUGCCGGGGAGGAACAAGAGGCUUGUGAAGUUUUGUAGUGGAGAGAUGAUGGGGAAGAAGCUAAACCUGCCUCAGCUUCAAGUUGAAGCUAAUAAGAAUGGUAGGGUUGGGCAGCAUGUUUGCAUGUCUGUUGCUGCUGAUAUAGCGGGGGAGGCCAAAUUGAGGGACAUAGAUAUUGAGAAGAGGGAUCCACGAACAGUCGUUGCAAUCAUACUGGGAGGUGGAGCCGGGACUCGGCUUUUCCCACUCACCAAGAGGCGUGCCAAACCUGCUGUUCCAAUAGGGGGAGCAUACAGGCUGAUUGAUGUCCCAAUGAGUAACUGCAUCAACAGUGGAAUCAACAAAGUUUAUAUCCUCACUCAGUUCAACUCAGCAUCACUCAACAGGCACAUUUCAAGAGCUUACAACUUUGGCAGCGGCACCUCCUUCGGCGACGGAUAUGUAGAGGUUCUAGCAGCUACUCAAACUCCGGGCGAGGCAGGGCAGAGGUGGUUCCAGGGUACUGCAGAUGCUGUCCGUCAAUUCCAUUGGCUUUUCGAGGAUGCAAGAAGCAAGUACAUUGAGGAUGUGCUGAUUCUAUCCGGAGAUCAUUUGUAUCGAAUGGACUACUUGGACUAUGUUCAAAAUCAUAGGCAGAGUGGCGCCGAUAUUACCAUUUCUUGUUUGCCAAUGGAUGAUAGCCGAGCCUCAGACUUUGGUCUGAUGAAGAUAGACAAGAAAGGAAGGGUCCUAUCAUUCAGCGAAAAGCCUAAAGGAGAUGACCUGAAGGCAAUGGCAGUAGAUACAACCGUUUUAGGACUUUCGGUGGAGGAAGCUCUAAAGAAACCAUACAUUGCAUCCAUGGGAGUGUAUGUCUUCAAGAAGGAGAUACUUCUGAAUCUCUUAAGAUGGCGUUUUCCGACAGCGAAUGACUUUGGAUCAGAGAUAAUCCCUGCCUCGGCCAAAGAAUUCUUCAUAAAGGCUCAUCUCUUCAAUGAUUACUGGGAAGACAUUGGAACCAUCCGAUCCUUCUUCGAGGCCAACCUUGCCCUCACCGAGCAUCCAAAUAAAUUUAGUUUCUAUGAUGCAGCAAAGCCGAUGUAUACUUCAAGGAGAAACUUACCUCCAUCGAAGAUUGACAACAGCAAGAUAGUUGACUCCAUCGUAUCACAUGGAAGUUUCUUAACUGACAGCUUCAUAGAGCACAGCGUUGUCGGUAUCAGAUCACAAAUAAACUCCAAUGUUCACCUGAAGGACACAGUAAUGCUCGGCGCUGAUUACUACGAAACCGAUUCUGAGAGAGUGUCACUGUUAGCAGAAGGAAGAGUUCCCGUGGGAAUUGGAGAGAAUACAAAAAUCAAAGACUGCAUCAUCGACAAAAACGCAAGGAUUGGGAAGAACGUUGUUAUUGCAAACUCGGAGGGCGUACAGGAAGCUGACAGAUCGUCAGAAGGGUUCUACAUCCGCUCGGGUAUAACCAUCAUAUUGAAAAAUUCAACCAUCGUCGAUGGACUCGUGAUCUGAAACAUCCAUCCGUCCUUCUAGUUUAUGGGUAUACCAGGAAGGAACUAAAAGAGAAAAUGCAAUAGGAAUCAACAUAUAUACUCAUGUCAAUAGAGCAAGACAGUCAUGAUCCGGAUGUGUAUAAACCUUGUUAUUUUGUAAACAUUAAGCAGCUAUAAGCAACUCUGCCAUUUCUUUCUUCCUAAAAUAACACAAUCAAGUACCAA